AUGGCACCCAGCGAUGUAUACGCGAAGUUGGCACCAGAAAGCGACAGUCUUAUCCCCCUGCCGGACGCGCAUCGUCAUGGCCUCAUCGCCGUGGCAGUACUCGGAAUGCUGUCCUUCGUCUCAUGCACCACGCUUUUUGGAUAUCUGACGUAUAAGCUGGUGAGGUGGCAGUUGGCGCGAUCCCAGUUCGACAAUGAGGACCAUCAAGAUUUAUCUCUGGGGUUGUCAGAGAGACUUUACGGGCAGGCGAAGCCGAGAGUCGUGACGAGUGCUUCCGCGACGAACAGGAAUCGACCCCGGCCACAGAAAAGGGCGCUGAAUCAGUUCUUGGUGCUUGUAUAUAACCUUCUCUUCGCAGAUAUGCAUCAAGCGAUGGCGUUUCUGUUGAAUGCGUCUUGGGUUCGGUCGGAUGCGAUUUACGUGGGCACCUCGACGUGUUGGGCACAGGGUUGGUUUGUCUCUGUCGGCGACCUAGCGUCGAGCGCCUUCAUCUCCGCCAUCGCCGUGCACACCUACCUCUCCGUCAUCAAGCGAUACAAGCCCCCCCAGAAAACCCUAUAUAUAGCCAUCGGCUGCAUCUGGUUCUUCGUCUACGCCCUCGGCUUCCUCGGCAUCAUCAUAACUCGGAACGGGUGGUCUCAAGGUGGGCUCUACGUCCGGGCUCGGGCGUGGUGUUGGAUGAACGUCGAGUACGAGAACCUCCGCUUGUGGCUGCACUACUUCUGGAUCUUCGUGUCGCUUGCCUUGACAAGCGUUCUGUACACUUUGAUUUUCUUCUCGCUGAAAUGGGAUAAGCCGCUGUCGCAUAGCCGUGCUUCGGGUGAGCUGCAAAGGAACUUGGCAGCAGCACCUAGGUCGAGGUCGGGUCACCCUCCAGCCUUUCUGGUUUAUCCCGUCAUUUACGUUGUGUGUACGGCGCCCUUGGCACUGGGCCGCAUCGUUUCUAUGGCCGGGCGGAACGUAAGCAUUGACUAUUUCUGCUUAGCAGGAGCCAUGAUUGCAUCAAACGGCUGGCUCGACGUCGUUCUGUUCUCAACGACACGGCACUCCAUCAUCUUCAAUUCGCCCGAUACGGAGGACUCGGGGCUCGGUACCUUUGCAUUCAUGAGGACACCACAGAGGCGAUUUGGAAACAUGGUCUGGGUCCAGGGUGCAGCAGGCGAUGCCGACCCAGAGAGAGCAGGCAAGGGUAGACGAAGGGCGCGCGGCUGGUGGAGAGUCGGAGGGCAAGGGGCCAGUGGUGGUAAGAGUGGCUUGUGCGGGUGGCCUAGUGCGGACGAGAGCGGUGUCAGCCAGGAAUCCUUGAGAGGGGUGGGAAGUGGGAUGAAUGAGAACGCCAUUCAUAUGGAUACCGUCACAUCGGUUGUAGUUGAAAUGGAAUCUGAUAAGAAACGCGUAUUAUUACACUGA